GGAGCGCCGCGCACCAGGAAGUGACUCGCCCCGGUGACCUCCCGCCCUCAGCGCCAUCCGCUGGCCUUUUGGUUUGCUACUGCACGUCCAUCGGAGGCUUUAGUGGCUCCGAAGGAAGGAGUGGUGGAUGAAAGAGAAGAAAUGUCAGAGGAAUGACUAACCUGCUAGAAGCUAUCUAGCUAGCAUCAAGAGAAGAGUCCUAAUGCCCAACCCAAGAUUACUCCUUUCCCGGGUGGGUUUCUUUUCCAACCCACGACUGCUUCCUUGGGAUACUGCAAAACCACCAGAUUUGUCACAGUCCUUUUUAGGCAGAGCACAUGAGGGAAAUUUCACUGGUGUGAUAGUUACGAAGCAUCCACGCCAACACAAAUACCAGAAGAAACAAAGGCAUUUUAUAUCACUACAUGACUCCUGGCAAGAGAGGCUGGCUGAUGUUGUGACUCCACUCUGGAGGCUGAGCUAUGAAGAACAGCUCAAGCCUAUCAUUGAUGGCUACCGAAAUAAGUCCACCUUCUCUGUGAACCGGGGCCCGGAUGGCAAUCCAAAGACUGUGGGCUACUACCAAGGAACUUGGAGAGAUGGGAAUAUCGUCUGUGUACCUUGUAGCCAUCUGAAAAACAUCCCAGAGAAACACAGUCAAGUGGCUCAGUACUAUGAAGUAUUCCUUCGACAGUCUUCAGUGGAGCCCUGUCUUCUGUUUCAUGAAGGUGGACACUGGCGUGAGCUCACAGUUCGAACCAAUAGCCAAGGACACACGAUGGCUAUCAUCACGUUUCAUCCCCAGGGGUUAAGUCAGGAGGAGCUGUGUGCUCAGAAGGUGACCUUGAAGGAUUUUUUCACUCAAGGCCCUGGAGCAGUCUGUGAAUUGACCUCACUCUAUUUCCAGGAAAGCACCAUGACCCGUUGCAGCCAUCAGCAAUCCCCCUACCAGCUGCUGUUUGGGGAACCCCACAUCUUUGAAGAUCUUCUGGGUUUGAAGAUCCGCAUCUCACCGGAUGCCUUCUUCCAGAUUAAUACUGCUGGUGCAGAAUUGCUCUAUCAGACCAUUGGGGAGCUAAGUGGAGUGAACUCCAAUUCCAUCCUCCUUGACAUUUGCUGUGGAACAGGUGUGAUUGGCCUUUCUCUGGCUCAGUGUGCAUCCCAGGUCCUUGGUGUCGAGCUGGUGGAGCAGGCAGUAGAUGAUGCCAGGUGGACUGCAGCCUUUAAUGGUGUCACCAACUGUGAGUUUCAUGCUGGUAGAGCAGAGAAGAUUUUGCCACAGCUGUUAAGGUCGCAGAAAGAUGAGAAGUUAAUUGUUGCUGUGGUGAAUCCGGCCCGUGCUGGACUGCAUCAUCAAGUGGUGCAGGCCAUUCGGAACUGCGGGGCCAUCCGCACUCUAGUUUUUGUUUCCUGCAAGCCCCAUGGUGAAAGCAUGCGGAACUUCAUUGAGCUGUGUUGUCCUCCAAACUCUGCUAAGAAGCUCCUCGGUGAACCGUUUGUCCUGAGACAAGCUGUCCCUGUGGAUUUGUUUCCCCACACCCCACACUGUGAGCUGGUACUCCUCUUCACUCGAUAACGCUAGGAGACAGCAGGCUGCUAAGGUUGAAGUUUCAGAGGCAUCUGAGUCUGGCAUGUUGCUGCAUUGGAGACCAUGGAUAUAUCACCAGGGUAACCAGUCUUUGAAUCCUCAGCAAGAAGAAUUUAACUGGCCUCCUCAGAGGCAGAUUGAACUAUAGCUUGUCAUAUUCCUUUGGGAUUAUCCAUAUUUGCCUAGCUUUGAACACUCCUAACUCCUUGAACUUUUUACAGAGCAGAAGGGGCUAAGGAGAUGGCUAAGUGGAUAAAGUGCUUAUUGUUUAUGCCCAAGUACCUGAGUUUGGAACGCCAGCAUUCACAUACAAGUAAGAGGUCAUAGUGGACAUGGCUGUUCUUCUGGUGCUAGGAAGUGGAGACAGGGGAUCCUGAGGGCUUUCCUGACUAGUCAAUCUAGUUAAUAAGUGAGCUCCAGGUUCAGUGAGAGACCCUGUCUCAAAACAAGGAGUUGGAAAAUGAGAUAAAUCUCUGGCCUCUAAAAGUGUAAUCACACACAUACACACACACACACACACACACACACAAUCAUAUACCACACAAAGCAGACAAAGUUAUGUAGUAAUUACAGGGUACUCGGGUUUUCUAGACUUUAACCUUUCUAGGAAGUCCUUUGAUAAUGUGGUUAUGUCCAGGGCAGGAGAAAUGGCUCAGCAUUCACAAGCACAUACCGCUCUUAUAGAAUCAAACCUAAGUUUGAUUCCUAGUAUUCAUGUCAGGCUGCUCAUAACUGCCUGUAACUCUAGGUCCAGGGGAUCUGAUGCCUUCUUCUGACCUCCAUGGACACUGUACUCAUAUGCACAAACCUACACUCACCCACAUGCAAAUACACAUUAAAAAUAGUUUUAAAAAAUUUUAAAAAGAAAAUGUGGUUCUCUCUAGGAGCAAUAACACCAUUUAUCUCUUACCUGUAGAAGGAGAACUGGUCAGGAGAAAUACCCAGAGAGGUUAAGAAACUCUCACAGUAGGAGCUGAAUACUUACGAUUGUGCUGAGUAUUAUGGGGAAGACAGCACCAGAAACCUAUAGUAAUCCAGUAUGUACUAUAAUAAAGUGGAUAUUGAAACUAACUAUUCAUUCAUCUCUAGUCCAUGAACUUUUCAGUUCUCUAGGAGUUGUCCUUGGGUGGUUAACUAACAAUUUAUGCUGUAUUUUGAAUACUCUAAUGGUCGGAAGAUAAGGAAGUUAUGUAGGAAGACUUACAAAAUAAUAAUCAAGUCAAUAGGUAGUUAAGAUUUUUCUCAGUUCUAACUGCUCCUAAAGCAGACUGUUUCUCAAAAGAAAGAUAGCUAUUAAAGCUUAUAUAAAAUGUU